AUGACCAUGAAAUCUUCAUCAUUGUCCAAGCCAUUGGUCUCCUUGUUCUUCCUUCUCCUGCUGAAGCUCGCCGGUCGUCGGCACCACCGUGCCAGGAUGGCAGUGACGACGAAGCCGAGCCCGCCGCCGCCGCCACUGCUGACGCUGGACAUGCUACAUGGCCAGACCCUAGUGGUCGACGUGGAGGCGUGGAUCCUGCGCCCGCCGGUGUCCGCCUUCCCGUACUUCAUGCUCGUCGCCGUCGAGGCCGGCGGCUUCCUCCGGGGCCUUCUCCUGCUGCUGCUCUACCCGCUGAUGUCCUCCUCCCCGGCGACGGCGCGCGGGCUAGGGCCAUGGCCACGGUCGCUCUCGAGGGUGAUGGUGGACGGGUUCUUGAAGGAGUACGUCGGCGUGGACGCUGUCGUGGGGCCUGAGGUGAGGUCGGUCGGUGGGGUCCUCGCGGGGCUGAUGGACGAGGAGGACGCAGCCGAGAUGGCAGCCAAGACGCUCCGGGCGCUGUUUAGCGACGAGUUGGAGGUGGCCGGAAAGAAGGGCGCCGUGGGGCUCGUCGGACCGGCGAGCAGCGGUAGGGUGCACUGCCUUUUCUCUCCUUACUACUGCAAGGAAACUUUCGCUGUGAGCGAGGCCGACACGCGGGGAUGGCGACCGCUGCCGCGGGACAAGUACCCGAGGCCCCUCGUCUUCCACGACGGCCGCCUCGCCUUCGCGCCCAUGCCGCCGGCCGCGCUCGCCAUGUACACCUUCCUCCCGUUUGGCAUCGCGCUCGUCGUCUUCCGCACCAUCGCCUUCUCCUUCCUCCCGUACCGCGUCUGCUUCCCCGUCGGCGCGCUCACCGGCAUGCACUACCGCCUCGUGGCCGGCCACGUGCCCACCGUGCGCCAAGGCCGCGGCGAAGGCGGCGGCGGGCGACUGUACGUGUGCAACCACCGCACGCUGCUGGACCCCAUCAUCGUCGCCGCGGCGCUGGGGAAGCCGGUGACCGCGGUGACGUACAGCCUGAGCCCGGUGUCGGAGCUGAUCGCGCCGAUCCGCACGGCGCGCCUGACGCGGGACCGCGAGAAGGACCAGCGCAACAUGGCGGCGGUGCUGGCGCGCGGCGACCUGGUGGUGUGCCCCGAGGGGACCACGUGCCGGGAGGAGUACCUGCUCCGGCUCAGCCCGCUCUUCGCCGAGCUCGGCGUCGACGUGAACCCCGUGGCGCUGGACACGCGCGUCGGCAUGUUCUACGGCACGUCCACCAAACCGGGGGCUAAGUGGAUGGACCCAUUCUACUUCAUGAUGAACCCGCGGCCGGCGUACCGCGUGGAGUUCCUGCCGCGCGCCGCCACAACGCCGGCGGACAACGGCGGCCGCGGCGACAGCAUCGACGUGGCGAACCGGGUGCAGCGCGAGCUCGGCGAGGCGCUGGGGUUCGAGCUCACCGGGCUGACCCGGAAAGACAAGUACAUGACGCUCGCCGGCAAUGAAGGCGUCGUGCCGACCGCGCCCAAAAAGCACUGA